UGAAAGCCUCCCCAAAAACCAAACCAAAACCAAACCUGACUCAAAGAAGAACAAAAAUACAAGACAAUGCUCCUCUUGUUCCUCCUACACCAUUGCAAUAUCUUCUAACACAGACUACAAAUAACUCAACACAACACAAGACAACAAAAAAUCUCAGACAGUUGUGCUGUUAUUGGGUCAUCUUCAGUCUUCUUCUAAUGGUUGUUGUCCAAGCUUCAAAGCUCAGGCUCCCCAACCCUUCCCUCUCUUCCCCUAACAUAACCUCCCUCCUCUUUGAGCCCCAUUCUCUCUCUCUAGCUCUCAUGCACUCUGACUCCACUCUAUCUCUCUACCCUUCUAUCUCCCCUCUUGCCCUCUCAUCUCUCCCUCCUCCUCAAACCCUAAUUGCUCCUCCCUCUUCUUCCUCCACCUUCCUCCUCCUCCAAAACCCUAACCCUAACCCCAAUACUCGCGUUCUAUUCAUUGUCUCGGGUCCUUAUAGAGGUGGGUCUCAGGUCCUGCUCAGGUUUUAUAUUUUGCACAAGCAGAAGCAAUUUGUGAGAGCUCAAGUUGUUUGCACUCAGAAAGAGCUUCAAUUUGAUCAGAAAUUGGGGGUUUUGGUUGAUGCUCACCAUGGAGUUUCGAUUAAGCUUGCCGGGUCGGUCAAUUUCUUCGCCAUGUACUCUGUUUCUAGCUCAAAGAUUUGGGUUUUCGCUGUGAAAUCGAUUGAUAAUGACGAUAAUGAUGAUGACGAUGGGGUGGUUGUGAAGUUGAUGAGGUGUGCUGUGAUUGAGUGUUGCAAGCUUGUUUGGUCGAUUAGCAUUUCUUUUGGGUUCUUGAUCUUAGGAGAAGAUAACGGAGUUAGGGUUUUCAAUUUGAGGCAGCUUGUUAAAGGGCGGGUUCGAAAGGCCAAACUUUUGAAUUCGAGUUCGAAAACCGAGGGUCGAAAUUUGUGUUUGCCUAAUGGGGUGAUUGGUGACCAUGCCCAUAGUGAUUUGGGGGAUAAGGGAAAUAAAUAUGGAGGCGGAAAAUUCCAUGGAACUUCGGAGAUACCUUGCAAUGGGGACUUGUGUGGGAAGAACGAUAGGAAUUAUGUUUCUGCCAAGCAGCGGUCAGUUAAAUUGAAACAAGACUCACCUGAAGAGGGAGUGUGUUUUGUGACAUUCAAGGGCAAGGAGUUUGAAACCUCAAAAUCGACAAGAAUGAUACCAGCUAAGGCAAUCUCCAUUGAGGCACUGUCCCCCAACAAAUUUUUAAUCUUGGAUUCAAAUGGAGCUUUACGCAUUUUGCACAUCUCCAGCCCUGUACUUGGAUCAAAUAUAACUUCUUACUUGCGGGAGUUGCCUCACAUUAUGAAAGUGCAAAAGCUGGCUGUUCUUCCUGAUAUAGCUUCAAGAACUCAAUCUGUUUGGGCUUCAGAUGGAUACAAUUCUGUGCACAUGAUGUUAGCAUCUGACAUGGAUAAUGCGGUUAACGAAAAUGAUAGAAAUGAUAGUGAGGAAAAGUUGAUUCAUAUCUCAGUUGUUCUCACAAUUUUUGCUAGCGAAAAGAUUCAAGAUCUUAUUCCGUUGGCUGCAAAUGCUAUUUUGAUUCUUGGCCAAGGAAACUUAUACACCUAUGCGAUUUCUUGAAGUUGCAUAGCUAUAACCGCCUUUUCUACUGGACUUCUGAAAUCCAGGCCUUGUUAAAUGAGCUCUGCCAGUUUGAUUGAGGUCCUGGAGAAAUGUUCUAUGUAAACAGUGCCCUUGUGUUGCUUGAUUACCAUGGUCCCAUGCCUCGUUUGUGUUACUGAAGUCAGGAGCUGCAGUUUCCUUAUCAAUCUAGAAGUGGUUAAGACUUUGAGAAUGCUGAGCUCUUGAAGGUAGUAUGGAAUCGGGACCAGUUGGGUGCCUGUCAUUGCUUUCCACAUUCUAAAGGUUGAUUGUUUCAGCAACUGAAAGCCACUUCUGUUGUUCAACCUAACUCCACGAGCUGCAACUUUUGUCAUAUGUGAACGUAUUGGGUGUGGGUUCUCCGUGUUGCCUCAUGUGGUGCAUGUCUAUUCUACGGUUGUCAGGUGGAGAAUUGAACCUGCAUUCGACCGAAGGUCAAUAAACCCAUGAGACGGCUUGCAGGAUAGCGUCUGAUAUGGAUGAAACUCCAGACAUUCUGAGACUUUGAGUUCUUAGAGCUUGUAAUGUCUGUAAUAACGUUCACCGACACAUAUUAACUGGGUGAAUGCCCAUGGUUAUUUUUUCUGUUGAACUUAUAUGCUUGUGAUUUUGUCUGGUGCGCUUUCA